UAAGUACUCGAAAUUGACACGUAAUCCUUGUGUGCUAUUAAUGACAAAUUUUGUGCGAGGAUGAACAUUACGGUAUAAAAUGUUAUGACUGAACUAUAGUGAUAUGUGAAAAUGAACGUGUGACAAGUUUCGUCAACGAGAAAGACAGCGUGCUAGUGACAUCGUGUCAGUGUAGAGUGCAUAGAGCUAUUCUACAUCCUACUUCAUUUCUAGAAUUGUUAAUUUGAAAACGUGUCAUCUUUUCAGAUCUCAAGAUAAUUUCGAGACAGUGUACGCUGUUAAUAAAACUAUAUAUCAAGUGUAUCCAUAAUUCCUGUGACUUCGUUUGCGGACUUUGAGAAUUGGGGAAGGACGAAUAUUAACGCUGCAUCUGUUCAUGAGAUGGGGGCGAACUGACUCGUGAAAGCAGAGCAUGAAUUCUCCCUACGAACCUUGUAAGGGAACCCAGUGAAGCACGGAAGAAACGACGUUCAAGAAAGACCCGGAAGACAACGCGCGAUUUAUUUACAUGCAGCAAACACAGACUCUCACACUCAUGAUACACGCGAGUAAAUUACUGGUCUGACUUAUUCGCGAAACGUGCGAAAAAUCUGAGUCUUUAUAAAGACAACACGAGAAAUUUACCGAAGAUGAGGGGAUAAAAUAAGGAAAGAACUCUGAAACAUUCAGCGCUACCAUCACGGACGUGCAUCGGGCUUACUUAUUACGGAAAUCCAGUUUGUUGGAAUGAGGCUUUGAAGUUUCUAUCGUUUCCAUCCCUUUUCCCGUUACCAUUCAUUUUUUCUCUUUUUUUUGUGUCUGGAGCCGAAGAAAAGAUGGGAAAGCGGAAAACUGGGUGGCUUCAUCUUCAGAUGCCAGAACGAUCGCGCCACGAAAAAAUGACGGGAGUGUGCACGCCACGUAUGAUCGAACGUCCCUCUGCCGGCGGAAGAUCCCUCCAGGAUAUUAUCCAGUCGAGCGAUUUCGACUGUGCGUCGUAAUAAGGAAUCGACAGUGACGAAAAUCAAAGUGACAUUUCGUCGAAUGAAGCCGACAAAUUUGAUUGACGCGGGAAGAAAUGCGGAAUCCGUCCCCCUCUAGAUUAUAACUGGCGUCAAACUGCAGUCAUGCAUCCGUGGCGAUUGAGUUUACGGGAUUCGAGGACGCGUGUACGAAAAAAAACCUUAUCGCAAAAUUUUAUUUUUUUUCUACGCUGUCGCACGUCGAGCAUGCUAAUCCGAGGUAUUUCGAUGGGUGAACGUAGUGAACGAGUAUAGUGGACAAAGUUCAGCGAUCGCGAAUCGGAAAACAUUCGACAACAAAGUGUAAAACUCACUGGCAUGUCACGCGAGUCGCGUAAUGCAUGCGAGAUUGUCGCCGAAGGGUUAGAAAUAUUUCUCGUUCUCUCUAAAAACUGUUAAACUCUACCGCGAAAUAAGAGACAGACGGCAAAUGCGUGCAUACGUCGACGUAUCCGGCGACGAAGCUGACGGCGGCAGGUCCCGGUGACUUCCCGAUAGAUAGAAAAAGGAGAAGAGGAUGGAGAAGGACAGGCAUUACAGAGCUUACGAGGGCUUCAAGCCGGCAAACAACGGCAAUACCUCGUCUCUAAAGAGAUCGACGUCGGAACGCUUGAAGACCCAACAGUCUCGUCAAGUAAGAUGCCUGUGCUUCGGUGGUGUGCCAGACAAGGCUAGCCAACACUCUUUCCUAAAGGGUUUUAUCAUAAAUCUCGGGAUAUGCGCCCUUCUGGUGGCCUAUACUCUCCUGGGCAGCUUCAUCUUCCUGGCUAUCGAGGGCGGGGCCGACGUUGGGCUGCAGCAGAGGACUCUCGUCACGACGAUAGUCGGAAAUCAACAUACCAGGAGGAACACCAGCGCUUUGUUGAAACUUAAUCACGAGGCCCGAGCGAAGACUGUAGAGAACAUAUGGCUGAUCACAGAGCAUCUGAACAUUCUCUACCGUGAGAACUGGACGAGACUGGCUGAUCAGGAGAUCGCGCGGUUUCAGGACCAACUGGUGAAAAGGAUCACGGAGGACAUGAUGGCGAGCCAGAAUGCCGGGACUUAUACCGGGAGUUCCACCAGCGAGACCGUAACGGAGCGCCGUGUGGAAUACGAAUGGAACUUUGCAAAGGCGUUCCUCUAUUCUCUGACAGUGCUCACCACCAUCGGAUGCGGAAGUAUCGCACCAAAGUCCACUUGGGGCAAAGUCGCUACCAUGGGUUAUGCUAGCCUCGGGAUACCUUUGACUUUGGUGUACUUGUCUAGCGCAGGAGGUCUCUUGUCCAGAUGCGCCAGAGGUGUUUUCACACGAGCCCUUUGCUGCUGUCUUUGCUCGAAUUGUGGCUAUUGUUGCUACGACGAGAGGCGGAUGCAGGAGAAGGAGCGACGAAUGAGAAAGAAGCGACAGCAAGAGGAGCUGGCGCAGCAACAGCAGCAGCAAUUGCAACUGCAGGAGCCCUUUUACGUUCGCGCGAAUGCAUCGACGUUCACAAGUACCGUGGAAAUUAAGGCCAGUCCGAAGGAUGAAGUAUCGAGCCUCGGCUCAGGUGACAGACCCAAUGUCACUAUACUCGCGCCAAUCAGUAUCUGCCUUGGCGCAAUGUUGUGUUACAUCAUUGCCGGAGCGUUCACUCUGCACAAAUUGGACGGUUGGUCAUUUAUAGACGCGAGCUAUUUCUGCUUCAUGAGCCUGAGCACCAUCGGCUUCGGCGACAUGGUACCCGGUUCUUAUCCUCGUCACACCCUCGCCGACUCGAGAAACGUGACCGUAUGGUUCUGCUCGUGCUACAUAAUGUCAGGUAUGGCACUGACAGCGAUGUGCUUCAACAUUCUCCACGACGAGAUCGUCCAUCGACUGAGCCACCAGCCAGACAAGUCGGAGCCAGUGAAACCAAGCUCAUCUGUGGACGAACUAUCGACGGACCCGUUUGCGCUGACCUCGUGACAAUUUCCGUCAGGCAAUCUGUGCCAUAGGAACGGCACCGACGAGAACAAUAUGUGUGGCACGGAACCACCCACCAAUAUAUUCGCUCAGGAGAAUGAGAUCAACAUUCUGAAAGACACCUUCAAUCAAGUGGACGUUACCAGAGACUGCAAGCCGAUCCUGAAACUCGAGGAUCAUGUUCCACCGAUUUCUGCUGUUUAUAUGUUGCCCAAAGUCGACGAGGAGGCUGAGGAAAAUACGGAAAUGUGAAAACUUGGGCGGAUUUCCGGAAACAGUACGACAGUUCAAUUAACUAAAGAUUACUGAAGACGGCAUUUAUACGGAUCGUAACCAGAUGAAUAGGUAUAUGUAAUAUGUUGUAUAUGCUAAAUCGUAUUGUCAAAUUGUGACGGAAGGGCGUUUUUAUUGAAUCUAUUAUUGAUGUUGAAUUUAUUGAUGAAAUAUCAAGAAAGUAACAAUGU